UGAUGGUAUAAUUAUCCCAACCAUGGAUAAAUAUUGAUCGGAUUAACAUGGAUGAAAGUGAGUUAGAGGUUGAUGUGCACGGUAACUAUGUACGGGUGAUGAUAAGGUAUAAGAAGAGCUCGUACGUGAUGACCAUGGGCGGGUUAGGAGAUAAAAGACUGUACAUGGCGGCUGUGGACAGGAGUUAGUAGAAGAAUAGGGAGUACGGAGUAACCAUGGAUGUCAUGGUAAGCUUAUCCAAAGAGCACGUCCAUAGCAACCAUGGACGCAAGUAGAAGACCAGAGUGCACUAUAGCCUUGGAUGCCAUGGCGAGCUUAUAUAAAGAAAUGUCCACAGUGACCCUGGACAUAGUAGUAGAAGCUUAUCUAAACAAUCUAUACAUGGUGUCUCUGGACAUCAUGGCAAAAGCUACAUGGCGACUCCGUACGACAAACUACAUCAACGACGUCUUUUCAAGAUAUUCACACAAUCAACAAAGGAUUCCACAGAUCCGGAUUAUUGAUCUGCAUAUCAAUUCGAACAUGGCGACCAUGUCGCCCGAAUCUUUUAUGUCUUAUUUUCUACUAUAAAAUCAUGUAAUCUUUGUAAAGUUAAUCAAGCUCAAUACACUGAAUACACUACAUACAUUUAUCUCUCUAAAGAUUAUCCUGAGCACUUUAAUUAUUUUCGGCUAUCUCUUAUUAAUUAUUUUCCGGUGGAUUUACUUCCAUC